AUGCUACGUCUUUUUGAUCAAUGGGGAGUAUCUUCCAUGGUACAUGCCAAGGACAUAGCACUCGAAAGCAUUACUAUUCGCCGCUGGAAGGAUGGUGGCAUCCUCAGCACAAUGCCUGUUAAUAUGGCUUACGGGCAACAGACAGUCGUGCAUCGUGCCGAUCUGCAUAACGCGCUCAUCACCAAGGCUCUGGCGCUGGAGAAUGUGCAGCUGAAGGUAAACUCCCUGGAUGGCACGGUGGUAACGGGUGAUGUGGUGGUGGCAGCCGAUGGGAUCAAAUCAGUGCUCCGCGGGGAGAUCCUGGGGCCAUUGGCGAUGCAGCCCAUUCCAACGGGGGAUGCCGCCUACCGCAUCAUGCUGUCACGAGAAGUGAUGGAGCAGGACCCGGAGUUGAAAGCCUUGUUGGAUAGUCCCAGCGCUACUCGCUGGAUUGGGCCACAUCGUCAUAUUAUCGCGUAUCCCGUGCGUAACCAUGAGCUGUUUAAUAUUGUCUUACUUCAUCCAGACGAUCAUGAAGUAGAAGAGUCAUGGACUACGACGGCAUCCAAGCAAAGUAUGUUGCGUCAUUAUCAUGGCUGGGACACAACGGUGCUAAAGCUCCUCGAUCUCGUCAAAGAAGACGAGGUCCUGGAGUGGAAGCUGUGCAGCUACCCAAGCCUAGAUUCGUGGACAAAAGGCCGUGUUGCGCUGCUUGGGGAUGCUUGUCAUCCGAUGCUACCAUAUGUUGCGCAAGGUGCCGCUCAAGCUGUUGAGGAUGCGGCCGCCUUGGCUAUUCUCCUAUCUGUUAUACCCUCUCGGCAUGCCAUUCCUGAGGCGCUUCGGGCCUACGAGAUGUCCCGUAAACCACGCGCUGAGGCAAUCCAGCAAUCGGGAAUGGCUAACAGUACUAUUUUACAUCUUCCCGAUGGUCCCGAGCAAAAGGCUCGCGAUGAACAGUUCCUUGCGAGCAUGAAGAGUGCAGCCAACCCGGACAAAUGGGCUGAUGCAGAAACUCAGCAGCGUUUGUGGGGAUGGAAUGCGGAGGAACACGCUUUGGCAACAUGGUCAGAGAACACAAGGCCGGUGCAUCUCGAAUCAUCCCUUUAA